AUGAUGAUGGGUUUACCCUGGCACAACGCAGUAGAAAUAAACCAAAGCCAAGAUUGCUUCCAUCAAUGGCUGCUUUCUAAUUCAACACAGAUUGUUCAACAUAAGCUAAAAAUCAAACAAGCCAAAAAGGUGAUUGGCAAGCAAACCACAUGCUCUUCCAACUUGAAGCCGAUGAAAAUUGAGCUGCGUAAAAAAAUGGUUUAUGUGGGCAAACUCGCUCAGUGUACACCGAAAGAUGCCAUCUGCCAUCUGAAGUCUAUUGACGUGACAGCCAUAUCAUAUUUCUACGUCAGUAAUUAUCAGUAUUUUUUAGAGACUUUUUCAUUUUUGGAACUUCCAUUCCAUUCAAGCAAGAAAUGCACACUAAACGUCAUUUUUCUAUACUCCACCAGCCAGAAUUAA